CCCGGUUGGAGGGGGCCCCAAGCGCGGGGGACACGCAGUCCUUGGCCCGUGUUCCUUGUGUAACUGACAUGGGCGCGUGCCGUGUAACUGACCGGAGCAACUUCUCCCGGAGCUCCGCAGUUAGCGCUGCGCCUCUUUCCCGGGCCUCUGAGAAAGCCGGACAGCGUUUAUUCUGUGUGGAUGUUGUCCAGCCCCACUCUUUUUCGUGCAUAUGUUAUCGCCAGGGGCCUGACAAGUUCCACCAACAGACCUCGUGAAGAUAGUUGGUUAAAAUCUUUAUUUGUUCGGAAAGUUGACCCAAGAAAAGAUGCUCAUUCCAAUCUCCUAGCCAAAAAAGAAACAAGCAGUCUAUACAAAAUACAGUUUCACAAUGUGAAGCCAGAAUGCCUGGAAGCAUACAACCAAAUUUGUCAAGAGGUGCUGCCAAAGAUUCAUGAAGAAAAACACUACCCUUGUACCUUGGUGGGGACUUGGAAUACAUGGUACGGAGAACAAGAUCAGGCUGUCCACCUCUGGAGGUAUGAGGGAGGCUACCCAGCCCUCAAUGAGGUCAUGAGUAAGCUCAGAGAAAAUAAGGAAUUUGUGGCCUUCCGUAAGGAAAGGGGCAACAUGCUGCUUUCUCGAAAGAAUCAGCUGCUGUUGGAGUUCAGUUUCUGGAAUGAACCUGUCCCUAGACCAGGACCUAAUAUAUAUGAACUCAGGUCUUACCAACUUAGACCAGGAACAAUGAUUGAGUGGGGCAACUAUUGGUUUAAGGUGGUGACCCCUUCACUAUGCCCUCCAUUUUGUCAGGCUCAGCCAAGUGAACUCAAAGCCCAUCAUAUAAGAGAGCAAUUAUAUACUUUGACAGGGCUCGUGCAAUUCGUUUUAGGCAGGACAAUGACGAAGCAGUUGGAGGGUUUUUCUCUCAGAUUGGGCAGUUAUAUAUGGUACAUCAUCUUUGGGCUUACAAAGAUCUGCAGUCCAGGGAAGACACCCGGAACGCGGCGUGGCAUAAACACGGCUGGGAAGAACUGGUGUAUUAUACAGUGCCCCUAAUUCAGGAAAUGGAGUCAAGAAUCAUGAUACCCCUGAAGAUUUCACCCCUCAAGUAAAGUUGGAAUUAAUUGUCAUGUGCCUAUAUAGAUUUAAGUGACAAGUAUUUGUCUUAAAUUAAUUUUAUGGUAUACAUUGUAUAUCAUGGUGAGAAAGAAAUGUUGAAAUAUAAAACUGCUGUAUGUAGCUUAUUAGAGAGACCUCUUUUCUUUAGACUCUAAAUGUUCAUAUAAAAGUUAAUUACAAAAGAAAAAAGAAAAUUGACUCAUUCUAACAGUGCUCAGUGGUCUUUGGUGAAAUAUCACUGUUUUGAUCUGACGUACCUUACCCGAGCCCAGUGAGGGAAAAAGGAAACAGAUUACAAUUUGAAUCAUUUCCUAAUAGGAACUCAAUCAUGAAACCAAUUUAUUAAUAUUUAUUUAUGAUAAGCAAAUCUACUGGAGAGUUACAGGGUUCAGAUUAAUUUCCUUCCUGCUUCAGGAAGAGCUCUGGACUCUGGUCAAUCUCUCCUAAUUCUAGUAUGGUUACUCCAGCAGUUUUUCUGAUUAUUGAACUAGGAACAAACCAUGAACGUGUGUACCCAGCAUCUGAAAAUGUUCUAAUCUAUGCUCCUCUGUAAUCAGUUGUGAAUCCCAGGAGACUGUGACAUGGCCAGUCUGGUAGUGGCUGAUAUGUACGCCAGUUUUGAUAAAGCGUUACAAUGAUGUCUAUAUGGGGAAAAAAAAAAAAAAAAGAAUCACUUCAUUGAACCUGUUCUCUGGACUGCAUGAUCUCUAGUUUUGAAAUAAACAUCUUGAAGAGCACUGAUUUUUUUUAAAAAAUAUUUUUCUAUAAUGAAACACAUAGCACUAGGAAAAGAGGUUUUAUUUUAUAAGCAAUCACAUGUGACCUCAGAUGUGUUUUCUCAGUCAAUAUUUUAAUAAACAUACAGCAGAUCUUUCUGAGGCCAUGUGAAGGUGGUGCAUGUUGAGAUGUUAAGGUUGGCAUACAGCAGAGUACUCUGUCCAGUUCUGUCCGAUUUCAUUUUUAAAUGUAGUGUACCAAUUUUUUUCAUGUCUGUAAUAAUGUGGAAGUCCUAUUGAAAUGAACAUUUCGUCUGACCCAAGGUUCAAAAAUUGCUGUGUGAAAUACACUGUAUACAAAUCUCUUCCCUGGUGUCCAAUUUGUACGUGUCAAGGCUUUUCUGCAAAAGCAUAUAUAAAGUCAAUAAAAUCCUUUUAAUUUUCA